AUGCAAGAUAAAUCGAAUACAAAUUCAAGUGUCCAAGAAUCAUAUUCUCCUAAGAAGCCAGUUGAUGGUGGAGAGAAAAAAAAGAGAUCCAGAACUCGUAAGUAAAGUGAUGCUCAACGUGAAUACAAGUGCGAGUGUGGAAAGUCAUACUUGAGUUAUCCUGCCCUCUACACCCACAUGAAGUAGAAACAUAAUAGGGUUUUCAAAUUACUUAAUACUGUAGUAAUCUUUGAAGAACCUGGAUGAAUAGAGAUUGGAAUCAACAUUUUCAGAGUCACAAACUUAAGACAUCUUUGCCACACUUGCCAAUGCUUUAGGUAAAGAGGAAGAUAAACCACAGGCUUCUUUGAGUAAUCAAGAUAUAUAUGAUCUAAUUAUGUGGGAAGUGUAGUUAUUAAUAAUGGAGACCGACAAUAAAUAUAUCAAAUUGGAUUACUAUAAUGAACUAUUGAAAUCUACACAACUUACUGAUGUAACUACUCCCCAAGAUGCAUUUAUAAGGUUUAUUCACGAAGUCAAAGGAGUCCUUAAUUAUGAAUAGAUGAAACUGAUCUUUCUCUUUGUGUAUUCCUUUCGAAAACUUCUGCUCGAUUUUCCAGAUUGUACAACUAGUGGAUUAGUUGAAAAAGCUAACUAGUUAAUUUGUUCUCAAUUGGAUAAAGUACUCUAAAGUAUCCAAUAAUUAUCAAAUCGAAAUUACAUAGUACAUUUAUCUAGAGUAUCAAAUUUGAGAGAGGUAAUGAUCAAAAUAGUACUUGGAUUUUGUAAUUGGCUAUAUGCUCGUCAUUUGACCGAUGACAAAUUACUUCUGAAGAGCGAUUCUGAUUGA